UCCUAGCUGAGCGAGCUGAGCAGCUAGUGCUUGCUGGACAGCAGAGUAUGACCUCCAGUUGUAACGCUAGUAACGAGGAAGACGACCCUUAUGAUUCUGACGUUCACAGUAAAAUAACUGCACGCGAUAACCUCAAGCGGACAAGCAUUGUUCAACGCGGGGAGUGUAAACGACGAAAUUCAAUCACUAGUCAGAGAAUGAAAGAUCUGGGACACCUUAACUUUGGUUCGUGUGGGUCUAUGGAUAUCUCUAGUCCAGACAGCCUGAUAUCCAGUCCGACAAUAUCCAGUCCAUCCAUAUCCAUAUCCAACACAAGUGUAUCCAGCCUACAGGGAUCUCUUUAUUCAGAAGACUCACACACCCUAACCUUGGAAACAGUUGAUUCUGUAAUCCGCCAACCCGGUGUACAGUCAGCUGACGCGUUGUACCAACAUGAAGUACAGUCAGCUGAUCGCAUGUACCAGCCCGGUAUACAGUCAGCUGACUCACUCGACAAUAUUAGAGAUAUUGGAGAGUACAUGGAGUUUACAGGGAGUAAAGAUGAAGGAGAAACAAACUCCAUUUUUAACCCUGAUAUGAAAACAACAGGAGGAUUAAACUCCCUUGCCUUCAGUUAUGAAACUGGAUUUAAUCCGAAAGAAGGCAUAAAACCCAUUUACACAGGAAGAGGAUUGAAUCCACUGAACCCUGCUGUAGGGGGAUUAAACUCUCUGGAUGAAGUUUCUUCUGGAGAGGAGUACAAUAGAAUCAGUGAUAAAAAUAAAAAUAAAGUUUUGGAAACUGAGCAGCGUGUGGUCGUGUCACGUGUUUGGCAAAGGUUUUUAAUUCAAACUUAA